CCCUCUCCUCUCCUCCUCCUCUUUUUUAGAAGCAACGAUCGGAGAUGGAUGUCUCUCUUUGCCCAGCCAAGUGUAGUUUCUGGCGGAUUUUCUUGCUGGGAAGCGUCUGGCUGGACUAUGUGGGCUCCGUGCUGGCUUGCCCUGCAAAUUGUGUCUGCAGCAAGACUGAGAUCAAUUGCCGGCGGCCGGACGAUGGGAACCUCUUCCCUCUCCUGGAAGGGCAGGAUUCGGGGAACAGCAAUGGGAAUGCCAGCAUCAACAUCACGGACAUCUCAAGGAAUAUCACUUCCAUACACAUAGAGAACUGGCGCGGUCUGCACACGCUCAACGCCGUGGACAUGGAGCUCUACACCGGCCUCCAGAAGCUGACCAUCAAGAACUCAGGACUUCGGAGCAUCCAGCCCAGAGCCUUUGCCAAGAAUCCCCACUUGCGCUAUAUAAACCUGUCCAGUAACCGGCUCACCACACUCUCAUGGCAACUCUUCCAGACGCUGAGUCUUCGGGAAUUGAGGCUGGAGCAGAACUUCUUCAACUGCAGCUGUGACAUCCGCUGGAUGCAGCUGUGGCAGGAGCAGGGGGAGGCCAAGCUGAACAGCCAGAACCUCUACUGCAUCAGUGCCGACGGCUCCCAGCUGCCCCUCUUCCGCAUGAACAUCAGCCAGUGUGACCUCCCUGAGAUCAGUGUGAGUCAUGUCAACCUGACCGUACGAGAGGGUGACAACGCUGUCAUCACUUGCAAUGGCUCUGGCUCGCCCCUGCCCGAUGUGGACUGGAUAGUCACUGGGCUGCAGUCCAUCAACACCCACCAGACAAAUCUGAACUGGACCAAUGUACACGCCAUCAACCUGACGCUGGUAAAUGUGACGAGUGAGGACAAUGGCUUCACCCUGACAUGCAUUGCAGAGAACGUGGUGGGCAUGAGCAAUGCCAGCGUCGCCCUCACGGUCCACUACCCCCCACGCGUGGUGAGCCUGGAGGAGCCGGAGCUGCGCCUGGAGCACUGCAUCGAGUUCGUGGUGCGCGGCAACCCACCGCCCACGCUGCACUGGCUGCACAACGGGCAGCCGCUGCGGGAGUCCAAGAUCAUCCGUGUGGAGUACUACCAGGAGGGCGAGGUCUCCGAGGGCUGCCUGCUCUUCAACAAGCCCACCCACUACAACAAUGGCAACUACACCCUCAUUGCCAAGAACCCCCUGGGCACAGCCAACCAGACCAUCAACGGCCACUUCCUCAAGGAGCCCUUUCCAGAGAGCACGGAUAACUUUGUCUCUUUCUAUGAAGUGAGCCCCACACCUCCUAUCACUGUGACCCACAAGCCAGAGGAAGACACUUUUGGGGUAUCCAUAGCGGUCGGACUGGCUGCUUUUGCCUGUGUCCUGCUGGUGGUUCUCUUCAUUAUGAUCAACAAGUACGGUCGACGGUCCAAAUUUGGAAUGAAGGGUCCCGUGGCUGUCAUCAGCGGCGAGGAGGACUCAGCCAGCCCUCUGCACCACAUCAACCAUGGCAUCACCACGCCCUCGUCGCUGGACGCCGGGCCGGACACGGUGGUCAUCGGCAUGACCCGCAUCCCGGUCAUUGAGAACCCUCAGUACUUCCGUCAGGGACACAACUGCCACAAGCCAGACACGUGGGUCUUUUCAAACAUAGACAAUCAUGGGAUAUUAAACUUGAAGGACAAUAGAGAUCAUCUAGCCCCAUCAACUCACUUUAUAUAUGAGGAGCCUGAGGUCCAGAGUGGGGAAGUGGCUUACCCAAGGUCACAUGGUUUCAGAGAAAUUAUGUUGAAUCCAAUAAGCCUUCCCGGACAUUCCAAGCCUCUUAACCAUGGCAUCUAUGUUGAGGAUGUCAAUGUUUAUUUCAGCAAAGGACGUCAUGGCUUUUAGAAACUCUUUUUAAGCCUCCCUGUUUUGAUGUCACCUUGUAGGCUGGGCCCUCUGAGAGGCUGGAAGCUCUAGGCGUUGUUCUGUUCGGAUCCGGGGAUGCUAAGUAGAAACUACAUAAGCCACCGGUGCCCCCGCGCCCUUUGACACCACCAAGACGGGUGUUCCCCCCAUCCGCCACCGGCAGGGCUGCCCAUCCCCUCCAGUCAUCACUGUGCUCCUUUUUUCCGGCCUCCAAGGCAGCUCCUGCCAUCAUCCUUAGAGCCAAUACAGAGAAUUAAAAGCCUGUACACCAGGAAGCAUCUUUCAAACAUAUUAGCCAUUCUCUUGCUUUACAAAAACAACCCAGCCACCACGAGAAAGCCUGAUGAAGUCCAGCCGUGCUCCGGCCUCGCUUCCCCUGCUCGGAAGCGAGGGGGCUCUCCCUGGCUCUCCCUAGGAUGCCAGGCUGUCCUCUUAGUGACCUCGUCGCCCUGAAACCUCCCGUGGGGAAGAACAUCUAAGCCGAGGUGGAGACGGCGCGGUGAGAGGAGGGGGAGCCAGGCCCAAGUAUUGGCACCAGAUUAGGUCUCAGAGGAAAGAAUGGAAACCAGUUGUUUUCUAUACUAUUAUUUUGUUUUUUUGGUGGAGAAAACCAUCCCUUUUUUUGGACACACUUUCCCCCUACUUCCUCCUCUCUCUGGAGCGGCUCACAGUGAGUGUGAUGUUAGCAAACCCCUUGGCGAGGCGGAUGCUCCAGGGCUGCUCCUCGGUCUCUAGGCCUGCGGUUCCGACGCGUUUGGCUGCAGGAGGCCUGCCCGUGAACUGGCCAUCCUACUAGGACCACAAGGGACCAAGGAAAUCAGGGACCAAGGCCCUUCCUGCUGGCCUGUAAUCCUGGGAUUGGCUCUCUUCCCCCACUUUUACGUAUCUUGACUCUGAGAACUUUCGGAACCCAAUGGAAUCGCCAUUUCAAGGCCAAGGUGAACUGAAGGGGAAGAGAAGUAAAACUUGGCCUCCUCCAGCCCCUCUCAUGGCACCAGUGGAAGUGCCAUCUGUUCUCUGGUCAAUAUAUGUGUUUACUUUGCUUGCUUUGACUCAUGCCUUACUCCAUGGCCACUCUCUUCCAAAGAGGGGGGUUUGUGUCCACCAUUUUCAAUGUGAUCCACUGGGGAGAGGGGCAGGGAGGCCCUUCCCCUGCUUCAGUAGGAAAGGUACCAUUGUAGGGCCUGAACCUCUCCCAGAGUUUUGCUGCCACGUUGGCUGCUGAGUGGACUUUGGGCUUGGCCUAAUUCCCCCAACCUUUGGUGCCUCCGCUGUGGGGCGUCAGCACAGGCUGCCCCCUGGAGGGUGGAGCAUGGAGGAAGGGGGGGCCAACUAUGGGGAGCCCUUAGGACAAAAUGGUGGUGGUUUUGGAGCAGUGACACACAGCGAUAGGUAACAGACUUUCUACCUUUGGCUAAUUUAACUGGGGGUUAAACUUCCCAUGUAGGGUUUGACGUCCUGAGUCCUGUGGAUGGCGUUUCUUCAUGUCAGGUUUCUAGCCUGACCCUGCAGAUGCCUCCAUGGGGUGUAAAAUGCAGUGCUUUCCAAGGUCUUGCCCAGUAUCUGGGGUGGCCUCCCGGCACCUGAAUGUCCAGAGUAUCACGCGGGGAUUCAGGUUCUCUGCGGGGCCUCGAGGUGUGUAUCUAUCUAGCCCCUCCCAGCUCCCCACCAUCCUGCCCGCUGCCGUGGCAUGUCAGGCUGUUCCCCAUCGUGUCCUGCCAACCCUAUGGACCAGGGCCUCCUCCUGAGUGUGGCUUUAAGGAGUAAGCUUGAGGAUGAUGUUUUUUAAUUAUUGUAAAUCAUUACCUCAUUUCCAGCCUCCCAGGCUCCAUCCAUCCCAGCAUCUUUUAUCUGCCAUUUUCCUCACCUUGUGCUAUGACAAUGGGGCGUUGUGUUUCCACAGAGACUUAUAGGAGUGUUCAGUGUAUAGUUUCUUAAUAAACACUUUAUUUUCUAAUGAAAUGACUGGAUCAGACCUCUUAUUUGGCAAUUUUGCAAAGAAUAUUAAAGAUAUAUAGAAAUUUCAGGCUUCCCAUGUUUUUUUUUUCAUUCCUCCCUAUUUUACUGUUAAGGUUUUAAAGAAGUUUCUUAGCCAAGUCCUAUCUGCAAAGGUGUUUACAGUCUGUUUCGUUGAUUGCUUUCACUGAGAGAGUGUGUUUUCUCAUCUUAUUGAGAAGGAAUCAGAAGCACAGAGAGGUUGAAUGGUUCAUUCAGGGUCACAGAGCACAAGAGGCAGAAGCAAGCUUCAAAUCUGACUCCUCCAUAUACAACUGAGGCUACUGAGACUUUGGUUCUGUUGUCCAAGCAGCCAAAGUUUAUGGAGAUUCUUUCUUCAGGGCUGAUGUUGAAGGGGGUC